UGCGCACGCGUGCUCUCGCUCUUGCGGGGGUCUGGCUGACGGCUUGCCGCAAUCCUUUGGUACCCUCUGGUAAUCACUCCCGAUUUCGGAACCUUGCUUCUCGACUUACAGAGUAGCACGGUUCUAGGACAAGGGGUGAGACUACGAUGCGCAACGCCACCAGCAAGGCGCUGAGUGUAAACGGAAGAAGCCGUCGCUCUCUUCUUGGCGUCAGGCACAGGCGCCGGGCUUACUCUUGGCGAACCAGGGUAACUCCAGCCAGUCUUUCUUCUUGGCGUCCGCCUCCUCCCGCCCUCCUGGGCGGCUUCCCGUGCAGCUAUUGGAAGAACCGAGAGGCACGGACGCCCUCUCGGGAUUGGCUGGACCUGCCCGAGACUCAGCCGGAGGUGGGAGAAAGGACGAUAGCGAUUGGCCGGUCGUGUUUGUUGGAGCGCUUGUAUUGGUCAGCUUCGGGACUAGGGGCGGGACUGAUAUCCCAGAAGCAGCGGCGGCCUCUGCGGAGCCGGUGUGAGGCUGCUGAACCGGAUCGCGGGCCACUACAGAGCGCGGCGAGAUGGAGGUGACGGGGAUCUCGGCGCCCACGGUGACGGUUUUCAUCAGCAGCUCUCUCAACACCUUCCGCUCGGAGAAGCGGUACAGUCGUAGCCUGACCAUCGCAGAGCUCAAGUGUAAACUAGAACUGGUGGUGGGCAGUCCUGCUUCCUGCAUGGAACUGGAGCUGUAUGGCGCCGACGACAAGUUCUACAGCAAGUUGGAUCAAGAGGAUGCAUUGCUGGGCUCCUAUCCUGUAGAUGAUGGCUGCCGCAUCCAUGUCAUUGACCACAGUGGCGUCCGGCUUGGAGAAUAUGAGGACGUGUCCAAGGUGGAGAAAUUCGAGAUCUCAUCGGAAGCUUAUGACCGGAGGCAAAACACAGUUCGGUCCUUCAUGAAGCGCAGCAAGGUAGGCCCGUACAAUGAAGAACUUCGGGCACAGCGAGAGGCUGAAGCUGCCCAGCGCCUCAGCGAGGAGAAGGCCCAAGCCAGUGCCAUCUCUGUGGGUAGCCGUUGUGAGGUGCAGGCACCUGGCCAGUCCCUUCGCCGAGGCACUGUCAUGUAUGUAGGACUCACAGAUUUCAAGCCAGGCUACUGGGUUGGCGUCCGGUAUGACGAGCCCUUAGGGAAAAACGAUGGCAGUGUGAAUGGGAAACGCUACUUUGAAUGCCAGCCCAAGUACGGUGCCUUUGUCAAGCCAUCUCUUGUCACCGUGGGAGACUUCCCCGAGGAGGACUAUGGGUUGGACGAGAUGUGACACUGAAGGAAGGACGUGGUCCCCUGCUGUGGCCCCGACAGGGCCCCUCUGUCUGUCUGCCUCUGGCCCUUUCCUCCCCCUGUUUAAUAUUAUUCACUUCUGUCUGCCGUUGACUUUUGAGAUUUGUGCAUUAAAUUAAUCAGAACCCAG